AUGUAAGAUGAAUUUAGGUUGAUUGGGGCACUUUUUGAUAUUGAGAUGACUAAUAAAAGUGUCCCAAUCUCCCUGAAUUCAACUUAUAGGGUGAAUUCAGGUUGAUUGGGACACUUUUUCCCAUGUCAUCUCAAUGGCAAAAAGUGUCCCAAUCACCCUGAAUUCACCCUAUCAUAUGUAUAAUGUCAUAUAUAGCAUUUUGAGUAAUUCUAGUUACAAAAAUCUAAAACCUAAAGUUCUGACUUUUUAUAACAUUGCAGAUUUUGAAAGGAAAGAAAAGAAAAGAAAUGGUCACUGGUCUGGUUGAGCUGAAAAUGAUGCAUUUAAAGUGGUAACACUUGCUAGCAGUAAAUGUUGAGGCAUGUUUCCUGUACAAGGUCUAAAUCUACAUAACUUGCAGUAUCAAACCAGUGGCAACCUGAACACAAGUGUUUGUUUCCUCAAAUGACCAACUUGUAACUUUCAAACAGUGCUUUGCUCUGUUUUCACUAGCCACGUGAUCUGUGAUUGCCUGUCUAAAAUGAUGCACCAGUGCUGCAUCUGCAAAGUUCAUAGGAAGAUGUGGUUAGAGCAUGAGACAAACUUCAGGUAGCCAUUUUCAAGUUAGCCAUUUCCUCUGACUGACUGAGCACAGAAACAUGCAGAUCUUUCACCCGACUCCUGCGCCCCUUAUAAUGGCUGUUCUCUGCAGUCUGUUAUCAGCAGGGGGUACCGUGGUUGUGAAAUACUCACGUGAACCGGUGACGGAGACUGAAGGCCAUUCGUUGUCUCUCAAGUGUGAGGUGCAGUAUGAGAUACAGGAUUGUGACAUUGUGAACAAUUGGUGGUACAUAAAGCCCACUAAGAGUGAACCUGAGCAGGAGCCCAUCACAGAUCCAAACCAAUAUGUAAUUGAAGUAAAUGAAACACAAAAAGAACAACUGAGGCAAAGGAACAUUUUCCUCUCAUUCAAUUCCUUGAGCCUUAAAGACAGUGGAUACUACCAGUGUGAUGCCAAAUGUCUCAACAGUGGGACUGUAGCGAAAGGCCAUCUUGUGUACCUCAAAGUCACAGCUGAUCCAUACAAAGGUCUGAAGGUCUCAACAUGGAGUGGCCAGUUAAAGGCAGAUGCAGCUGUGCUAGCAUUCAGCGCCAUAUUAUUUUUAUGGUGUUAUUAAAUGACAUUGUGUUUUCAGCUGUCCCCAAAAUGUGUCUAUAGCUCAAAAUGCCCCACAGAUAAUUUAUUAUAGCUUGUCAAAUUUGCCCCUAUUUUGGUGUGAGCAAAACCCCAGUAGGGCUCGCUGCAGCCUGCAGUAGACAUCCAACCCCGCCCAUAUCCAAAUGUGACGUCAGAAGCCACGCCCCAUGCCCAAUACGUCACCGCGUGACUCCCCACUAAACCACUUCACCGACUUCAUGCAGCACUGCGCAGACCGACCGGCGGCUUACUUGAAGCAGUGCAUGCCGGUUAUAAAUUUUGUCUGGCUUGAGACAGCGCCGACGGCACAUGACUGUGACGUAUGGCAUCAAAGUACCGCGAGAGCGAUUUGAGCGCAGUCGGCUGAGUCAGCCAGCACAGCUUCUCCAGAGCGGCUGCACGAGCUCUGAUGACGACACAGCUGUUUCAUGAUUGGCCGGAUUCACUGCAUGACAACAAUCACAUGUGUUUUGUGUUUUUAUUCUGAAACCUUCAGUUCCACUAAUGCUCACAAAUCUGUAAAAGCUCUUUUAAUGUAGUCGCAUUGUUAUAUUGUUUCAUGUUUAUCAAAAUAAAACCGAUAAAAACGUA